AUGACGAGUGUCGCAAGUUCGAAGGCGAUGGCAUUAGUAAAACCUACAAGUUGUUUGCUUCCCCCUUGCGCAACCGAUUACUUUCAAAAUGAAAGCCAUACCACCUUCUCCACUAUAUGCGCUAAUCCCGAUUUCUGCUCGAAAUUCCAAUCUGCUACUAAGCCCAUCAUUAUUGGGGAAUCCUCACUGCUGGCCGGUGGGUGCUGUUUUGAGCGUAGCAAUAAUUGCCUAUCUCGCAAUGCUUAUCAUCAUCAUGCCCAUCUGGCUGCUCAUAUCACUCAUCAGGCCGAAGCACACGCAACCCCCAGCUCAAAUCCAAGUAAACUGGCAACAGCACAUCGCACGCUGAAAGCGCAACACCCCAUUUCUGGAGCGCAACACCUCUUAGCGCGACAAUCCCGGGGGCAACAGCGUGCCAGCAUGGCUUUCACAAGGCAUGCGACUGACAUAGUCUGCAACCAGGAUGCUGUUUGCAGCUAUGAAUUCAGCAGGGAACUGCUGUUUAAUAGAAUACAAACGCAACAUUGCAUAGAAAUGCGUUUGCAGAACAAAACUGUAGGAUUACUCAAAGUAAAAAUUACAGCUGUACACUUUGUUUGCUCGAAAGUCUCGAAAUUUUUCACCAAAAGCACAGAGCUCAGAGUUUACUCUAGCGUUAGAUGUGCUCAGGCGGGUUCCUGCCACGGAAACGUAUGCGAUCAAACUCGCCGUAACGAAACCGUCUCCGAGCUGUCCAGAGCAAGAAAGUACCCAGGAUAUUCGGGAUGCCAGUACACCUGUGGAGGCUUAAGUUGUGGAUGCUUUCUAGCGUCCCCUUCAUGCACCUUCUAUAAGGUUGCCCAUGUACCCAUCACGAAAGAUAUAUUCGAGGUCAUCGAAUGCAGAGAUUGGGUCCCAAAUGUUCAAAUAGAACUGGAAACCACCCUUUUCGGGAAGACUGAAAAGGGAAGCCUCAUUUUGGAGCCGUAUGUAACCUCAACAUUUGGCAAUUUUAACAUUACAGCUGUAUCAGUACAGAAGCCAACACUAUCAGUGCUUGGUAAAAGAUUCGCCGUGUCACUGAACAAGUCUAUGAUCUUACCAGAUCAAUUCACCGUACCGGUCGAAUGCUCCACAUACGAAGAUGCACUCACAAACUUCCGCGAGUGCGUCAAUAAAAUAAUCUGUGACUGUAACACGGGCUGGACCAAGCACCACUGCCACUGUCCAGAAACGUCACUUCGACAAAUAGGGGCCGACAGUGACCACCUUUUGCCGCUAUGGAAAUACGCAGUACUGGCAGCGAAAUAUUCGCUAGUUCAGCUGAAGUUGAAACCACUUCGAAAUUCCUCAGAAAGUGUCAAUUUCGCUGACGAUGAAAAGUGCACGGUAUCCCUCAGUAGCUUAACAGGGUGCUAUAGCUGCAUACAAGGUGCGGCAAUUACCACGCAGUGCAAAACCAAAGACCCCACAAAAGUUACCGUAGUCUGUGGACAUCAUUCAUUCUCCAUAGAAUGUGGUUCCACAAGUCCGCAAACCAGAGUCAAGCUCAGUUACGACUACGCAAUGGUUUCCCAAAACUGCGUUGUCGAAUGUGGAAAUGAGAAAAUUACUCUACCACUGAACGGUACUCUUCUAUACCACGUUGAAAAACACGAUUCGGUGUUCGAUUUCAACCAUGAGCACUAUGAAAAACAAAGCUUUAUAACAUCGCUAUCAGAAAUCAAAAUACCCGAUAUGGGUCCCUUAAUGGACACCAUUCGCGCCCACUGGAAGCUAGCCAUCGCCUCUGCAACAACUGUUCUAAUAUUAGCAGCUCUAUCCUAUCUAUUUGGGCCACUAAUCUUAAUUACCGCAGCAGGUUGUUCUCUUCAGCAUCAUUAG